AUUAGUGCUGCUUUUGAAACUUGUCACGACUAAUGAAGAUCCUGAUGUAUUUUUGAGCAACCCAGGUUGUUUGGUGGUUGCAGGUGGUGAUGCUGCAACCAUAUCUCACAACUUCAAAGUCGUUUUUUAAAGGACCCAUGUGUUGCUAUUUAUGAAGGCAAAAAGUAAAAAUACCGAUUUAUAUAUAAAUAUCUAGUUAAUAAAUAAAAAAAUCCAGGUAUUUAUAUAUAUUAGAUUGCUUUAAUUUGAAGGGUUCCUUCCGGAAGUUGGACAGAUCUCGCCGGAAAUGGAACUAGAACCAGAGGCAUGUAUGUUGGUAGUAGUCUGCCAACCGUACUUUGACAGCAAGAACGUAACCCUUCGUUCUCGCAAUGAAACGUUGACCGUGUCCAGAAGACAUUUGUUGCUACCGAAAGUUUCACCAUGUCCGGAGCGUUUGCAAGGCUGCUAUUCUACCCAACUUUAGCCUACAAUGUUGCCAUGGAGAAGGUGUCCUCGAGGCGAUGGUUCGACCGGGUGGACGAAACGGUCAUCCUGGGAGCGCUUCCGUUCAGAUCCAUGACCAAACAGCUGGUGGAAUCAGAAAAUGUUCGAGGGGUUAUUACCAUGAAUGAGGAGUACGAAACCAAGUAUUUCUGCAACUCAUCUGAGGAGUGGAAAGCUGCUGGUGUGGAGCAGCUGAGGCUGAGCACUGUGGACCUCACCGGCGUUCCCAGCCUGGAGAACCUCCACAAAGGCGUGGAGUUCACGAUGCAGCACAGAGAGCAGGGAACCAGCGUGUAUGUCCACUGCAAGGCAGGACGCUGCCGCAGCGCCACACUCGCUGCUGCGUACCUCAUACGGUUACACUGCUGGACUCCAGAGGAGGCAUGUCAGAAGCUCGCAUCAGUUCGACCGCACAUCCUGGUGCGCUCGGCUCAGCUGGAAAUGCUUCACAAAUACUACGACGAGGUGUGUGUACGGUCCAGCUGAGGUUCUGGUGGUGUGGAUUUGCAGCAGGGCUGUGGAUUGGACCGUGCAGUGUUAUCAAAAGAGCUGGAACCUGAACUGUGAGCCUCCAUCAAAGCCACAGACACACAAAACACAUCUACUGUAGGACAAUCCUCUGUCACCGUGUUCAGUUUGCUGAAUUUAUUAUUUUAAAAUAAAAUUAUGUCUUUUAUAAAAAGCCAAGUAUUUGUGGAUUACUGAAAAGAAAAAAAAGAAGAAAAGAAAGAGAAUUCGUACUUUUUCCCCAGAAUUCCCUGUCAGAAUUCCGAGGUUAAAAGUCAGAAUUCUGAGAAAAAAGUAAGAAUUCUUUCUUUUUUUUUCCUUGUCAGUGGCUCUAAUCCUCUUCCGUACAGAGUAGAAAUAAAUAAAUAAAGUCAAUAUUAAUACCCCCCUCCCCCGGCUCUAGACGGUCGGCGAAUUGUCCGCUCCCGACCCCGUGACCCCGUCUCACUCUUUGAAAUGUUCAAAAGUUGGCAGCCCUGCUUCCUACAAAUGCUCGGAAAAAAAUAAAUAGGCUACUUUGUGAAGGAAUUAGGACAUAAUAUAUAAUACAAUAUUAUUCAAUAAUUACCACAAAUCGCCAGGGGAAAUGUGAUUAUAUUCAAUUUUUGUGAUUUGUCCCACCAUACGCUGUUCAAACCUAUGGUUCAAACUGACGUACGGCGCCGGGAUGUUUGGAACUACUGCGAGCUCCAUGAACCAUGUGACCGCGAGUCGGCGAGUUCAAAGCGUGUCACAACUCGGCUCUGCUCUACACUAGCUCCUUUAGCUUUUCUUUCUUUUAGGAUUUCUUUCUACUUUUUGCUUAGCCAUGUGCUGCAGCGCCUCCUUCUGGACAACAGCUAGAACUACAUCAGCCUUGCUGCACAUGGACACAAAAUACAAGAAAUAUGAAUGUGUUGUAAACACAGAUUCGUAAUGCCAUUUGCAUCAUAUUUGCUCCAUGAGUUUCUGAGACUUCUAUCUCAUCAACAUGAUCGAUAUUUGCCUUAAAAACCUGUUUUAUAUAAUCUGAUACAUGUUUUCUGCCCCUUACUGGAUUAUAAUGCCAAUACUGGCAGAUCAAGUUUAGUUUUGAUCAUUUGAUCAUUUUGAUCAUUCCCAACAUGGCUGCGCCUGGUAAACGAUCCACUCACCCACCCAUUGUGUCUGAACCCGCUUUGUCCGGGGGGGGGGGGGGGGGGGGGGGUCUGGUGCCCAUCUCCAGCGGUCAAUGUACCCCGCCAUGUAAAACUGUCUGCAUCAAAUUUGAUACUGUAUAAAAUGUGCUUUUCCCUGAAUUGUCAUUUUUCUAAUUUAAUCUACAUAAAACUUACUAAAAUACAAACACAUGCUACUUUGUUGACUUAAUUAAUCUAAUUAAUCACUGAAAUCACAUCUAUACAUUUAGAGUAUUUCCACAAUAACACUUCCUCUGAAAUAUCAAUUUCCCUCUGGGAUUAAUAAAGUAUUUUUGAACUGAA